CCGCCCCCGCGCUGGACCGCGGAGGUAGCCGCACCUGAGGGCUCUGCAGCGAACCGCGGCUUCCCGUGCCCCCUCCCCGUCUCCCCGCUGCCCGAACCGGCCGGCGCCCCCAGACCAUGGCAGCAGUGACCCUGUCCGUGCCCGGGCGGAAGGCGCCCCCCAAGCCGGGCGCAGUGCCCGAGGCGGCCCAGUCGUACCUGUUCGUGCCCAGUGCGCCGGGCGUGGGGGGCGGGCCCGGGGGCCCGGGCACCUCCCCGCAGGUGGAGUGGACCGCGCGGCGCCUGGUGUGGGUGCCCUCGGAGCUGCACGGGUUCGAGGCGGCGGCGCUGCGGGAUGAGGGCGAGGAGGAGGCCGAGGUGGAGCUGGCGGAGAGCGGGCGGCGGCUGCGGCUGCCCCGGGACCAGGUCCAGCGCAUGAACCCGCCCAAGUUCAGCAAGGCCGAGGACAUGGCGGAGCUGACCUGCCUCAACGAGGCCUCGGUGCUGCACAACCUCCGCGAGCGGUACUACUCCGGCCUCAUCUACACGUACUCCGGCCUUUUCUGUGUGGUCAUCAAUCCGUACAAGCAACUUCCCAUCUAUACGGAGGCCAUUGUGGAGAUGUACCGGGGCAAGAAGCGCCACGAAGUGCCACCCCAUGUGUACGCGGUGACCGAGGGGGCCUACCGAAGCAUGCUCCAGGAUCGCGAGGACCAGUCCAUUCUCUGCACCGGGGAGUCUGGGGCCGGGAAGACAGAAAACACCAAGAAGGUCAUCCAGUACCUGGCCCAUGUGGCAUCGUCCCCCAAGGGCAGGAAGGAGCCGGGCGUUCCGGCCUCCGUCAGCUCCGUGUCUUAUGGCGAGCUGGAGCGCCAGCUGCUACAGGCCAACCCCAUCCUGGAGGCCUUCGGCAACGCCAAGACGGUGAAGAACGACAACUCCUCCCGAUUCGGCAAAUUCAUCCGCAUCAACUUCGACGUCGCCGGGUACAUCGUGGGCGCCAACAUCGAGACCUACCUGCUGGAGAAGUCGCGGGCCAUCCGCCAGGCCAAGGACGAGUGCAGCUUCCACAUCUUCUACCAGCUGCUCGGAGGCGCAGGAGAGCAGCUCAAGGCCGACCUCCUCCUGGAGCCGUGCUCCCAGUACCGCUUCCUGACCAACGGGCCGUCCUCCUCUCCCGGCCAGGAGCGGGAGCUGUUCCAGGAGACGCUGGAGUCACUGCGGGUCCUGGGAUUCACCCACGAGGAGAUCACCUCCAUGCUGCGGAUGGUCUCCGCCGUCCUCCAGUUUGGCAACAUCGUCCUGAAGAAAGAACGGAACCACGAUCAAGCUUCCAUGCCUGACAACACAGCUGCCCAGAAGCUCUGCCGCCUCCUGGGACUGGGGGUGACGGAUUUCUCCCGCGCCCUGCUCACCCCCCGCAUCAAAGUGGGCCGAGACUAUGUGCAGAAAGCACAGACCAAGGAACAGGCUGACUUUGCGCUGGAGGCCCUGGCCAAGGCCACCUACGAGCGCCUCUUCCGCUGGCUGGUCCUGCGCCUCAACCGCGCCCUGGACCGCAGCCCCCGCCAGGGCGCCUCCUUCCUGGGCAUCCUGGACAUCGCCGGCUUCGAGAUCUUCCAGCUGAACUCCUUCGAGCAGCUCUGCAUCAACUACACCAACGAGAAGCUGCAGCAGCUGUUCAACCACACCAUGUUCAUCCUGGAGCAGGAGGAGUACCAGCGCGAGGGCAUCCCCUGGACCUUCCUCGACUUCGGCCUCGACCUGCAGCCCUGCAUCGACCUCAUCGAGCGGCCGGCUAACCCCCCUGGACUCCUGGCCCUGCUGGACGAGGAGUGCUGGUUCCCGAAGGCCACAGACAAGUCCUUCGUAGAGAAGGUGGCCCAGGAGCAGGGCGGCCACCCCAAGUUCCAGCGGCCGAGGAACCUGCGGGACCAGGCCGACUUCAGUGUCCUGCACUAUGCGGGCAAGGUUGACUACAAGGCCAAUGAGUGGCUGAUGAAAAACAUGGACCCCCUGAAUGACAGCGUUGCAACUCUGCUGCACCAGAGCACGGACCGGCUAACAGCGGAGAUCUGGAAAGAUGUGGAGGGCAUCGUGGGGCUGGAGCAGGUGAGCAGCCUUGGGGACGGCCCGCCAGGUGGCCGCCCCCGCCGAGGCAUGUUCCGGACGGUGGGACAGCUCUACAAGGAGUCCCUGAGCCGCCUCAUGGCCACACUCAGCAACACCAACCCAAGCUUUGUCCGCUGUAUCGUCCCCAACCACGAGAAGAGGGCCGGGAAGCUGGAGCCGAAGCUCGUGCUGGACCAGCUGCGCUGUAACGGCGUCCUGGAGGGCAUCCGCAUCUGUCGCCAGGGCUUCCCCAACCGCAUCCUCUUCCAAGAGUUCCGGCAGCGAUACGAGAUCCUGACGCCCAAUGCCAUCCCCAAGGGCUUUAUGGAUGGGAAGCAGGCCUGUGAGAAGAUGAUCCAGGCCCUGGAACUGGACCCCAACCUCUACCGUGUGGGACAGAGCAAGAUCUUCUUCAGGGCGGGGGUCCUGGCCCAGCUGGAGGAGGAGCGGGACCUGAAGGUCACAGACAUCAUCGUGUCCUUCCAGGCAGCGGCACGGGGAUACCUGGCUCGCAGGGCCUUCCAGAAGCGGCAGCAGCAGCAGAGCGCCCUGAGGGUCAUGCAGCGGAACUGUGCAGCUUACCUCAAGCUGAGGCACUGGCAGUGGUGGCGGCUCUUCACCAAGGUGAAGCCCCUGCUGCAGGUGACGCGGCAGGACGAGGUGCUGCAGGCGCGGGUUCAGGAGCUGCAGAAAGUGCAGGAGCUGCAGCAACAGAGCGCCCGCGAGGUGGGCGAGCUCCAGGGCCGUGUGGCGCAGCUGGAAGAGGAGCGCACCCGCCUGGCAGAGCAGCUGCGAGCAGAAGCAGAGCUGUGUGCUGAGGCCGAAGAGACGCGGGGGCGGCUGGCAGCCCGAAAGCAGGAGCUGGAGCUGGUGGUGUCCGAGCUGGAGGCCCGCGUGGGCGAGGAGGAGGAGUGCAGCCGCCAGCUGCAAAGUGAGAAGAAGAGGCUGCAGCAGCAUAUACAGGAGCUGGAGACCCACCUAGAGGCUGAGGAGGGGGCACGGCAGAAGCUGCAGCUGGAGAGGGUGACGAUCGAGGCAAAGCUGAAGAAAUUUGAGGAAGACCUGCUCCUCUUGGAAGAUCAGAACGCCAAGCUGAGCAAGGAGCGGAAGCUGCUGGAGGACCGUCUGUCCGAGUUCUCAUCCCAGGCGGCGGAGGAGGAGGAGAAGGUCAAAAGCCUCAAUAAGCUUCGACUCAAAUACGAGGCCACGAUUGCAGACAUGGAGGACCGCCUGCGGAAGGAGGAGAAGGGCCGCCAGGAGAUGGAGAGGCUGAGGCGGCGGCUGGACGUGGAGAGCUCGGAGCUGCAGGAGCAGGUGGUGGAGCAGCAGCACCGGGCGGAGGAGCUGCGGGCCCAGCUGGACCACAAGGAGGAGGAGCUCCAGGCCGCGCUGGCCAGGGCGGAGGACGAGGGCGGGGCCCGGGCUCAGCUGCUCAAGUCUCUGCGGGAGGCGCAGGCGGGGCUGGCCGAGGCCCAGGAGGACCUGGAGGCGGAGCGCGCCGCCCGGGCCAAGGCGGAGAAGCAGCGCCGGGACCUGGGCGAGGAGCUGGAGGCGCUGCGGAGCGAGCUGGAGGACACGCUGGACUCCACCAACGCCCAGCAGGAGCUCCGGUCCAAGAGGGAACAGGAGGUGACGGAGCUGAAGAAGGCUCUGGAAGAGGAGACCCGCGUUCACGAGGUGGCAGUACAGGAGCUGAGGCAGCGCCACGGCCAGGCGCUAGGAGAGCUGGCGGAGCAGCUGGAGCAGGCCCGGAGGGGCAAAAGUGCAUGGGAGAAGACCCGGUUGGCCCUGGAGGCUGAGGUGUCCGAGCUACGGGGGGAGCUGAACAGCCUGCAGACUGUGCGUCAGGAGGGUGAGCAGAAGAGGCGCCGCCUGGAGUCCCAGCUGCAGGAGGUGCAGGGCCGGGCUGGCGAUGGGGAGCGGGCACGAGCAGAGGCUGCUGAGAAGCUGCAGCGAGCCCAGGCUGAACUCGAGAACGUGUCUGGGGCGCUGAGUGAGGCCGAGUCCAAAGCCAUCAGGCUGAGCAAGGAGCUGAGCAGCAUGGAGGCCCAGCUACACGACGCCCAGGAGCUGCUGCAGGAGGAGACCAGGGCGAAGCUGGCCCUGGGGUCUCGGGCACGAGCCCUGGAGGCUGAGGCAGCAGGGCUGCGGGAGCAGCUGGAGGAGGAGGCAGCCGCCAGGGAGCGCGUGGGCCGCGAGCUGCAGACCACCCAGACCCAGCUCUCAGAGUGGCGGCGGCGCCAGGAGGAGGAGGCGGGGGCGCUGGAGGCCGGGGAGGAGGCACGGCGCCGGGCAGCCCGCGAGGCGGAGGCCCUGACUCAGCGCCUGGCGGAAAAGACAGAGGUGGUGGACCGGCUGGAGCGGGGCCGCCGGCGGCUGCAGCAGGAGCUGGACGACGCCACCGUGGACCUGGAGCAGCAGCGGCAGCUCGUGAGCACGCUGGAGAAGAAGCAGCGCAAGUUCGACCAGCUCCUGGCGGAGGAGAAGGCGGCUGUGCUGCGGGCGGUGGAGGAGCGUGAGCGGGUCGAGGCCGAGAGCCGGGAGCGCGAGGCCCGGGCCCUGUCGCUGACGCGGGCGCUGGAGGGGGAGCAGGAGGCGCGUGAGGAGCUGGAGCGGCAGAACCGGGCCCUGCGGGCGGAGCUGGAGGCACUGCUGAGCAGCAAGGAUGACGUCGGCAAGAGUGUGCACGAGCUGGAGCGAGCCCUCCGGGUGGCCGAACAGGCAGCCAACGACCUGCGAACACAGGUGACAGAGCUGGAGGAUGAGCUGACGGCAGCCGAGGACGCCAAGCUGCGCCUGGAAGUGACCGUGCAGGCCCUCAAGACACAGCAUGAGCGUGACCUGCAGGGCCGUGACGAGGCCGGCGAGGAGAGGCGGCGGCAACUGGCCAAGCAGCUGAGGGAUGCAGAGGUGGAGCGGGACGAGGAACGCAAGCAGCGUGCUCUGGCCGUGGCCGCCCGCAAGAAGCUAGAGGCCGACCUGGAGGAGCUGAAGGCCCAGACGGCGGCCGCGGGGCAGGGCAAGGAGGAGGCAGUGAAGCAGGCUCGCAAGAUGCAGGCCCAGAUGAAGGAGCUGUGGCGGGAGGUAGAGGAGUCGCGCACCUCCCGGGAGGAGAUCUUUGCCCAGAACCGGGAGAGUGACAAGCGCCUCAAGGGGCUGGAGGCGGAGGUGCUGCGGCUGCAGGAGGAACUGGCCGCCUCCGACCGCGCCCGGCGGCAGGCCCAGCAAGAGCGGGACGAGAUGGCGGACGAGGUGGCCAAUGGCAGCCUCAGCAAGGCCGCCAUUCUGGAGGAGAAGCGUCAGCUGGAGGGGCGCCUGGGGAAAAUGGAAGAGGAGCUGGAGGAGGAGCAGAGCAACGCAGAGCUGCUCAAUGACCGCUACCGCAAGCUGGUCCUGCAGGUGGAAUCACUCACCACAGAGUUGUCAGCUGAGCGCAGUUUCUCAGCCAAGGCAGAGAGCGGGCGGCAGCAGCUGGAGCGGCAGAUCCAGGAGCUCCGGGCACGCCUGGGUGAGGAGGACGCAGGGGCCCGGGCCCGCCAGAAGAUGGUCAUCGCCGCCCUUGAGUCUAAAUUAGCCCAGGCUGAGGAGCAGCUGGAGCAGGAGAGCAGGGAGCGCAUCCUCUCCGGCAAGCUGGUGCGCAGGGCUGAGAAGAGGCUUAAGGAGGUGGUGCUCCAGGUGGAGGAGGAGCGGAGGGCAGCUGACCAGCUCCGGGAUCAGGUGGAGAAGGGGAACCUUCGAGUGAAGCAGCUGAAGCGGCAGCUGGAGGAGGCCGAGGAGGAGGCGUCGCGGGCCCAGACGGUCCGCCGGAGGCUGCAGCAUGAGCUGGAGGAUGUCACGGAGGCCUCGGAGUCCAUGAACCGCGAGUUGAACACGCUGAGGAACCGGCUCCGACGCGCGCCCCUCACCUUCACCACGCGCACGGUGCGCCAGGUCUUCCGCCUGGAGGAGGGCGUGGCAUCGGACGAGGAGGCCCAGGAGGCAGAGCCGGGGUCUGGGCCGCCGCCCCCGGAGCCCGAGAGGCCGCCCGCCGCCCAGCCGCAGUGACCACACCCCCUUGCCCCCGACGCCCGCCCCUCCC